AUGAUUGAUAAGUUUUUCUUCGUUUACGUGUUUACUAUUUAUCCAAUUGUUCAAACGGUUAAAGAAGUUGUUAUCCUAGAUACACGUGAAGCGCGAGAUUACCUGAAUUGGUAUAAGAUGUCUGGCAAUGGAAAUCUAAACGAUGGCUGGGGCGAAUUAAGUUUCGAAGCGAAAAUGUUUCCGACGCUCUUGUUAUCAUCAUCGACAUCCACCUUAUGGCGAACACAGUAUGUAUGUGAUAUAACAUCGGAACGUCGAGUCGAUAAUUGGUUGCGUUCGCCGUACUUCAAACGUCAACAGGCUCAACGGAUUGAGAUCGAAUUAGGCUUUUCCAUUCGUGAUUGUUCGACAUUUCAAACACCGAAUGAAAUCCGUUCCUGCCGAGAAACUUUCGAACUUUAUAUACAUGAGAACGAUCAGGAUUAUGAUAAUCAUCUUUGGUCGUCGUAUAAACUCGUGGAUAUUAUCGCCGGAAACCGUUUUACCUCGAAUAACUACGGCAGUCAAUCAGUAGCGAAUCGAAACAAUCUCACUGUGAAUGUGAAAACACGUGGCAUAUCGAUAACGAAAAAUGGCUUCUACAUAGCUUUCCGUGACCAAGGUGCUUGCAUAUCACUAUUAUAUGUCAAAAUAUUCUAUCGUUUAUGUGAAGAAAAGUCCAUCGGUCUCAUACAUUUUCCUGAAACGCCAACGGGCGCAUAUUUAACAGACAUUGUUGAACGCGAUGGCAUAUGUUCAAUCAACUCGAAGAUGAUUCGCAAGCCGUUAGGUUUCUGCAAAGGCAACGGCGAGUGGACAUUUCAAGAAACGUCCUUACACGAUAGCUGCCAUUGUCAACAGGGUUAUGAAUUACUUAUUGAUAGCAAUUCCAAGAAUAAUAGCCUUUUAUCUCGUGCCAUUUUUUGUUCUCUUGGAACGUUCAAAUCCACGGUUAGUAAUGAACAACGUUGCGAACAGUGUCCAUUGAAUAGCCAUACGAAAGAGAAAGGUUCAACGUCUUGCAUUUGCAAUCAAGAUUUCUUUCGCUUGAACUCGUCCGUUAUCAAUUCAUCGUGUAUCGCCCGACCAAAUGAACCAGAAAAUGUAACGAUUGAUGAUAUUGAUCAAGUUUCAGUUUAUAUCUCAUGGAAGCAGUCCACUGAUAAUGUAUACCAUAUUGAAUGCACUCAUACGAUAUCUUGUGAGUCGUAUAUAAUCUAUCAGCCCAAUCGAACAUUUGUCAAUGGGUCAAGAGUAAAGAUCAUUGGUUUGGACGCCGACACGAAAUAUAAAAUAAGAAUUUAUGCUGAACAAGUUUCCACUCAUCUUUACAGUCAAUCGGUUGACUUAUCAUUCACAACAAAAUCAGCUGUUUCAAAACAAGUUCGUAAUAUUCAAAUUCGUCGUACAGCAUUCGAUCAAGUUGUUAUCACAUGGUCAGCCGAUGAUUUUGAUCAAUACCAUAUUCGUUACUGGCCACUCAUCGCUGAACAGAAUAAGAUGUUUGCUGAAGUCGCAGUCAAUAAUUUCACCUUAAAAACAACGUCAGACAUAUAUAAAUUUCAAAUACGUGCUCACACAAAACUUGGCUGGACUGCAUAUAGCGAAGAAAUGAUUAUAUCAUUACGUUCAAUAUUCAUCGAUCAGCCGUUCUCUUCGGAAGUGACGAGAAAACUUGUGGAAAAUAAAAAUAUUCUUCUCAUCAGUCCUUUGAUCAUUCUUGGAUUGAUUAUAACAGUGAUUAUUCUAGCAGUUCUGUACAUCAAAAAAAAACGAGUUUGUCGAUCGAAGACAGCGAGCGAUUGUGAAUCUCUCGAUUACCAAAAACGACAAGUUAGCGGACAUUAUGGGCCUGAUACUUUCUUCAAUUCAGGAUGGUCGGCGCCAUUGUGGCCUUCCAUAAGUACAACAACAAAGACUUAUGUUGAUCCUCAUACGUACGAAGAUCCGACAAAAGCAGUGAAUGAUUUCGCACAUGAACUCGAUCCGAACUCGAUUGUUAUCGAAUCGGUCAUCGGCGGAGGUAUAUAUUAA